AGAACGAGAGGAUGCAACGGGAGCCAACGAACAGGACGGGGAGCGCGGGAAGGGGACCGGGCAAACAAGAAACGGGCAACGGAAGGUGGAUAAAGAAAGGCAGCCUGAAUCUGUGGCAUUUUACAAUCACUUCGGGCUGCCACAAAGUGGCUAGCUGUUUCGUUGCCCGGGCGGGGGCAAAAAUCUUUGCGGGGCUUUUGUGCAACACACGCACACGGCAGCUUCGAAUGAGACACUCCCAGCACCCUCUUUCCCGCUUGUAGGGUAACGCCCGUUCCACUGACGUCAAGAAUCUUGUUUGCCACGCACUGCCACAAAGGGCACCGGCGUCCCACCCCCUCCCCGCUCGAUUGGUUAGCGAGUGUUCUUCGGAGUUCGGAUUUAGAACCCUGGUACAGUAUUAAGAGACAGAGGAAGCUGAUUGGCUGAGAUGCAUGUUGUCUGGUCUCUUCAAUGGACAAAGGAAACCUCCGCAGAAAGAGCCUGUGAAUGACGGGAGACGGCUUGGAAAGAGGCGAAAGUCAUCUCCCAGCGCUGCGAAGAGCCCGCCCUGGCGGGUCUCCAGCAGCUUUCGGGACACCCGCGGCCCCAGGGAGAAGAACAAGCGUCAGAGCUGCCUCCAACGACUGCAUGGAGGGAACCUAGCACCAUGGGUACUCCAGCCUCUAUUGCCAGUGACUUGCCACAGCAUCAGACUCCCAAAUCCUGCACACGCAAGAGAGCAUCAGCCAAUAUCUUUCACGGGGUGGGGUUAUGGCAGUUGCGCCGCCUCUUCCACAGCACCGGGGAUGCACAAGCAGAGGAGCGGGCCCAGCUGGUCUGGGAGUGUGCAGAGAAUCGGUGCAUCACCCAGGCCUUGCAAAAGCUCCACAGAAGGCAGAGAAAGCUAAGGCUCCAGUCGCAUCUGAGGCCUCCUUCGAACAAGAGUAGUAGUGCCAGGCUCCUUGAACUACAGCACUUCAGUCGCUUACGCAUUGAAGAUUGCACUACAUCUGGUACCGAUACUGACAGUAGCAGUAGCAGGAACACAGAGUCUCCAGAUCAAACUGGCCAUUCCACUGGUCUCCACUAUAGGAAGAAAGGGGGAAUGGGAGCUGCAGGUUAUCUGCACCAGCUCCACCGGUGAGCAACUGAACCUAGGUUUCACGCCUGUACAUGUUUAAAUGUCAGUAUAUGGGAUGGGGAAAACCUGAAAUGAAGGGAGUUCCAACAAGCAAACACAGUUCAGCUCUGCUGUUCAAUAAUCACUGAGCAGAGAAGAGUAUUUCAGAUAAAGAUUAGUUCUUCGACUUCAAGUUUGCUAUUAGACAAAUUUGAAACCAGAACCCUCAACCUCAAGCACUACUCCAUGUUUCAGUUAUUUAGACUUGGCCACAACUUGCUGUGUUAAAGCACAAAUACUGUAUCUAUGGAUUGCACAUGUUAUAUUUAAUAAAGAUUAUAUAUCGUA